CCAUGGUGCGAGGCACCGAUUGAGGCGGCCGGCGCGGCGCGGCUCGGCACAGCGCGAGGUGUUUGCGGGCGGCGGGGCCCGGCCGGGCAGCAUGUCGGGACCGAGCGCCGUGUCGGAUCCCCAGCACCCGGCGCGGCUGCUGCGGGCCCUCAGCUCCUUCCGAGAGGAGAGCCGCUUCUGCGACGCGCACCUGGUGCUGGAAGGCGAGGAGAUCCCGGUGCAGAAGAACAUCCUGGCGGCCGCCAGUCCCUACAUAAGGACAAAGUUGAAUUAUAAUCCUCCAAAGGAUGAUGGCUCAACAUACAAGAUUGAACUUGAAGGGAUAUCUGUUGAUAUCAUGAAAGAGAUACUAGAUUACAUCUUCAGUGGACAGAUCAGGCUAAAUGAAGAAACUAUCCAAGAUGUGGUACAGGCAGCUGAUCUCCUGCUGCUUACAGACUUAAAAACUCUCUGCUGUGAGUUUUUAGAAGGUUGCAUAGCUGCUGAGAACUGUAUUGGUAUUCGGGACUUUGCACUGCACUAUUGUUUGCAUCAUGUUCACUACCUUGCCUCAGAGUAUCUGGAAACUCAUUUUCGAGAUGUCAGCAGCACAGAGGAAUUCUUGGAACUGACUCCUCAAAAACUGAAAGAAGUGCUGUCGAUGGAAAAGCUCAAUGUUGGAAAUGAAAGAUACGUCUUUGAAGCAGUGAUUAGGUGGAUUUCUCACGAUUCAGAAUCGAGAAAGGUUCACAUGAAGGAUGUCAUGUCAGCAGUGUGGGUCUCAGGCUUGGAUGCUGCGUAUUUACGUGAGCAGAUGAUGAGCGAACCACUGGUACGGGAGAUUGUUAAAGAAUGCAACAACAUCCCACUCACACCACCUCAGCAGGGAGAGGCCAUGCUGGCCUCCUUCAAGCCCCGUGGCUACUCAGAGUGCAUCGUGACUGUUGGUGGGGAAGAAAGAGUAUCCCGGAAACCAACCUCAGUGAUGCGGUGUAUGUGUCCUCUUUAUGAUCCCAAUAGACAGCUCUGGAUUGAACUUGCUCCUAUGAGUAUUCCAAGGAUCAAUCAUGGAGUGUUGUCAGCAGAAGGAUUUUUAUUUGUGCUCGGUGGUCAGGAUGAAAACAAGGGAACGCUGAGCUCUGGAGAGAAAUACGAUCCAGACACCAAUUCCUGGAGUUCCUUGCCACCAAUGAAUGAGGCACGACAUAAUUUUGGUGUGGUGGAGAUUGAUGGAAUUCUGUACAUUCUGGGAGGCGAGGAUGGUGAAAGGGAACUAAUCUCUAUGGAGAGCUAUGAUAUUUAUAACCGUACCUGGACCAAGCAGCCAGACUUGACUAUGGUUAGAAAGAUUGGCUGCUAUGCAGCUAUGAAGAAGAAAAUCUAUGCAAUGGGUGGAGGCUCCUAUGGAAAGCUCUUUGAGUCUGUUGAGUGUUACGACCCCAGGACUCAACAGUGGACGGCCAUCUGUCCUCUGAAAGAGAGAAGGUUUGGGGCAGUGGCCUGUGGAGUUGCCUCUGAGCUUUAUGUGUUUGGUGGGGUCAGGAGUCGUGAUGACAGCCAAGCCAGCGAGAUGGUGACGUGUAAAUCUGAGUUUUAUCAUGAUGAAUUUAAAAGGUGGAUUUAUCUAAAUGACCAGAACCUAUGCAUCCCAACUAGCUCUUCUUUUGUGUAUGGAGCUGUGCCUAUUGGAGCCAGCAUUUACGUGAUUGGAGAUCUUGAUACAGGUACGAAUUACGACUACGUUAGGGAGUUUAAGAGAAGCACGGGGACGUGGCAGCGCACCAAGCCGCUGUUCCCAUCGGACCUUCGCCGUACCGGCUGUGCAGCCUUGAGGAUUGCAAACUGCAAGCUCUUCCGACUGCAGCUCCAGCAGGGCUUGUUCCGCAUCCGCGUUCCUUCCCCGUGAUCCGUGUGCUGGCAGUGGAGGAGACUGGAAGAGUUCUGCGCAGUCCACCAUAUGUAGCUCUAUAUAAAGGAAAAGCUGAGAAAUUACAACUGAAACUUACACUGUAUGCUGUGCUUUGGUAUGGUAACUGUUUUUGUUUUAAAUGCUUAAAAAGCUUGAGUCUCAGUUCUUGUUUCGGGAACAAAUAACUUACGUAAACAUUAAAAAGAAGAGGGGGAAAAUGAGGGGGGAUCGAGGAAACACCUUCAGUCGUAACCAUUUGGACUUUACAGUGUGUUAUUGAAGGAGAUCUGCUGUGUCUGGAACUGGUGGGAGCUGGUAUUCCUUUGGUGAAGUUUAUUGGAAAGAGAGAAAGAUUUAAGGUGCGUUUCCCUUGGGGGGAACCGAUAAGAAUAAAUGUGCUAUCUUGCACCAGAUAGCUCUAAUAUGCAGAUUAUUAUGAAAACUAUAUGAAAACCAACCUCCCUGGUGUACUGCAAAGACUGCUGUUUGACUGUGAUGCCACAGGAGGCGUUGGUUGUUGCACCUUUCACUCCUAGUCCUUCCUCAAAGCUAAGGUCUGUGCCUAAAAGUGGUGGUGGUGUGUACAUAUGUUUUUCAUUCAUUUGCAAUGUUUUCAUUCCUAAAAAUAUUUUUAAUAUAUUUAAAAUGGACUAAUCUAAAAUGGAUGCAGUAUACUACAGAGAAGUAAACUGUGGUUUUUUUAUGCUGACAUUUGGAUAGCCUGAUGAACUGGUAUAUAGAUGGGCAGCAUGUGUUUCUGCAUGGGGUUUUGGAGGUCGUUUCCUUGCAAUAAGAGGAAAUGGUUUUUGGAAUGGUUCAUGACGACUGCUGCUCUUGGUAGAAGACAACGAAGCUUGAGAAAUUAAAGAGAAUAGGUUGUGUUCCUUCCUACUUCAGGGCACUUGAAAACUAGGAGGAUGUUGUUUUUUAUUUAUAAGACUGAGGAUUAUAGAAACAUUUUAUCUCUGGAGCAAAGGUGAAAUAUGGCAAAGAUACAUUUGUUUCACAGAAAUCAGAUUUUUGUAUUAUCACUUGCGGGAAAUUUGUACGGCUAUUUUAAAUUGGGAUCAAAAGUUGGUGUGCUAAUGAUUUCCAUGCUAGGGCACAGAGUCUUGUUUACUGCUGUUUGAUUUUGAAAGCUGGGCUUUACGGUGUGGUUAUAGUGAGGAAUUCAGUAUCUUGCAUUUUAUUUCCUAUUGAGUCGUGUUCACGUCAGUAGUGAUUUCGACUGACUUCUGUUCUUGGUAAAGAUGGGCUGGUAGAACACUGUACCUCACUUCUUGAUUUCACUGUUGUUUAUGAUGGGUGGGAUGCAACUUGUAGUUAUUUAAAGGUUAUUUAAAAGUAAUGAAAUGAGAGAGGUAGAAAUAGAAAUGAGGCCUCCUGCCCUUCAGAAAAAGAUUUUGUACAACCAGUAUUAUAACUAAGUACAGUAAUUUCCACGCUGCAACUUCAUGGACCUCAGACACCAAUCUGCCCUCGGUUGUGUUAGCAUCAACCUUUGUCAUUGUUGUUGAAUCUCCUUAGAUCUGCUGAAAUACAAUCCUGAACUCACACAAGAGUUACAUUCAACUAAAGGUUCCUUGACGAGGCUUUCUGAAACUUGCUUUUGCUCAGUCCUUCCACAGUGCUGAUGUGUAGUGGGAAUUACUCCGGUUCUGAGAAAAGGGGUGGGGGAAAAAAAGGCAACAAAAGAGGGCAGCAAUCAAUCUGUUGGCCAUUAUUUAUUUAUUUUUUUUUAUUUUUUACAAUGCUUAAGUGCUGCAAAACUUGAACUGUAGACAUCGAUUUUCUGACCUCUAUUAGAUGGCAUAUUAAAAAAGUUUAUAUAUUUAUGCAUUGCGGUGAACUUGAUAUGUGUGUAUAUAUAGUCUUUAGGUUUUAAAUUUAUAUAUAAUGCUUUACUACAGAAAUGUGAACCACUAUUUCCAUCUUCAGCCAUCAUGUGAAAUAAAUCAAGUGCUGUUGGCUUAUCUAUAAAAUCUCCCCUCUUCAAAAAUUUCAUGUUAAUUUUGUUUCUUAGGCAAAGUGCUGAGAUCCUGUAUUCAAAAGUGAUUGAAUGUUUCUAAGUAUUUGAACUUGGUUUUCUAAGUGCUUAGAAAACUCUCAGAAACUGUAUGUAGACUUUUGCAGGCUGCUAUCUCCUGAGUCCCUGUAGCUCCCCAGUACACUUGAGGGCAUUUAGUGUCCAGAAGGCCUAAGUAAUAAAUGCACAUAACGAAUCCAAAUCAUAUAUACAUUAGCAGUGUUUUGUGGUUAAAGUUAUUGAACAAAUGUUUACAGUUGAAGUAGGAUUAACAGUAGGUAUUCUUACUUUUUUUUGUAAAGGUAAAUAAAGCGAGCAGUUCUGCUCUAACCGAGCUGUAUUGCAAAUGUGCUCAGCUAGAUUUGACCGAGAAGCUUAAGUCUCUUCACCUGAAACAGUUAACUUUAUUUCCUAGCAUGUGGCUGGAGGUCAGGGACCAACCCUGUGCCAACACCUGCGCCUUGAGUUUCAGGUACGUUCUCAAGGCAAAAAUGUAGGCGCUCCUGAGAUCUCAAAAUUGUCUUUGUUGGCCUUGCCUGGAAAUGUUUGCGUGUUGUGGUUUUGUGUUACGUUAGUGAGCGGUUCCUGGAGAGCCGCUGGGCACAGAGGAAGGUGGGAAGUGUCAGUUGGUGUCAGUUGGUGUCAGUUGGCAUGCUCAGUGACCGGUGCCUCUCUGGGAAUGUGAAAUUGUGCCCCUGGUUGGAGCUGGGCCUGGAAAACAGGGCCCUGCUUUCCUAAAGAGAGCCGUGCUGUACUGCUGAUGGUGUGCAAGGUGGAUGGCUGGUCUCUGUGCAAGGUGGAAGAGAUGUUUGGCUUGAUAGGAUUUGAUUCCAGAAGUACUGACUGGAAGGCAUUGACCAGCUUCCUGAGCCACAGGGUUGAACUGGGUUCAUUUGUAGGUGCUGCCACCCAGCCCCCUGUGCUGCCCUGGCACCAGCCUCCCCUGCACAGGAUGGCCAAGCCACGCCUGAGGCAGCUCCUGCAUUUUCUCAGCUUGCAAUCCAGGAGUUUUCCAAUGAUUUGGCAGUUUAGUAACUAUUUAAGUUGUCCUUGCUUGGCAUGGUGCUCUUGAUAGCCAGUCCAGCUCAAUUCCUUCCAGCUUGAAUCGGCCUUCAUAAAUCCGCACGGUUGCCCCACAGGUCACUCGUUGAGCCGUCCUCUCAGUGAGCUGCCUGGGCACUGUGCUGCUUUCUGGGGAUCAUGGCAGCAGGCAGCCAUAGUGCUGAGGUUCUUGGGGCCAGGAUGUUCAUCCCUGUGCCCCCUGACACUGUGUUCACCACUGCAGGUUUGGGGUGGCCGUAUCCUGGACUGAGCCCAGCAUGGUCCCGCACAGCGGCUGGGCCACACGGCAGGGGUGGCUUUUUCCCCUUCACUGUGAUAGGGAUGGACAAACUGGUAAUUGUAACAGAAAGCCACCAGUGAUGGAGUGGAGGCUGCAGAAGACAGGAGUCAUGGUGGUGUUUCUUUUCCCCCCUCACUCCACUUCCUACCACUGUCCCCCUCCCAAAAAGAAAAGACUUUUAUUCUUUUUCCUGGGUAUGAGAGAUUGUUUUUGGGUAACAGAACUCCUGGCCUGGUUCCUGUUGCUCACCUGUCCUGCGUGGACUGCUCUCCAGCCCUGGGGUUCCAACUCUCAUCCUCUUCCUAAGUUGAAAAAGGGAUAUCCUGUGUAGGGCCUUGUGCUCUGCGCUGUUCCGGACUGCAGCAAGGUCUGCACAUCUUUAGAUAAUUCAUCAGCUAUUCCUCAAGUUUUCACUUUUGUGGAAAUGCUAUAUCAGCUCAACUGUUUGGGUCAAGUGGCUUUCAGUAGCUUUGACAGUGCCUCAUCUUUAAAUUGAACUGAAAUUAACAUGAGAUUACACGAUAGGCAAACUUACCAAGCCGGCUCAAUGGUGAGAGCAGACAGGCUUGCAUUUCUUUGGUGUUUGACAGCACAAGACUUGCGUGUCGCAGCAUCUGCUUCUGAGUCAGACUUCUUGCUGAAGGUACAAGUGUUUCCAUCAGAGCUCCCAAGUGCCUGGCUUUCUUACCAACUCUCCUUCCAGAGAACAUCAGGCAGCUUAAUUAAUUUUUUUGUGCAGUAUUUUUUGUGCCUGCGUGACUUGGUAAAUGCAGAAGAACAAGAAGCAAAGGGUUUAGGGAGUGCUUUCCCUGCUUUGGCUGCAGCAUCUCUGGUGAGCUCAGUAACUGCACUGUCUGUACUGCCUGCCUGGGUUUUGGUGAUGCACAUUUGCCAUGCCAAGUGCAGGAUGCAAUAACAAACAGUAGUUGUUACAAGUGCCAAACUUCUGUUUCCUCUGUGUAUAGCAGUAAUUCAACUCUUCUGUUCUGUACGGAGGUGCUGAAAACUCACUGUGCUCCAGAAAAGAGUAGCGGUUCUUUUUUUUUUUUUU